AUGAAGAUUCUACAAAUUUCGGCUUUGUUCAUGGCAACAGCGUUUCUAACAAUUGACACAGCACCAAUUAAAUCACCUGCACAUACAAUCUUAUUGAGAAAAACAGACCCUUCCGAAUUGUAUAGUGGGCUUCAAAUUUCAACAAUGAUAAAAAAUCAUGCAUUUGCGAAGUAUGCCGAUAACAUCAAAGCAGCAUACAGUAAAGGUUUAGUCGGACAUGAAGCAAUUCAAGUUUUAGAAGCAGCCAUCACUUCCUUAAUUGGUCCCACUGCCCCAAAACAAUUUAUAAGAAAGAAAAAUAAAGGAAAAACGGAUGAUGUAACAAAUAAUCCACUUAAAGUUGAAGGGUUUGACAUAGGAUAUCACGGCCCAAUUAAAAUAGGAGGACAAACAUUUAAUGUAAUUUUCGAUACUGGCUCAUCUGAUCUUUGGGUGCCGGCACAAGAAUGUACUGAUGCAGCUUGCAAAGUUCACAAAUCUUAUAAUCCGAAGAAGAGCAAAGGAUUUAAAACCGAUAAUAAGCCAUUUAAGCUUGAAUAUGGUACUGGUGCAGUUUCUGGAUUUAUUGCAAUAGAUGAUGUCUCAAUUGCUGGUUUUAUGUCAAAAGGACAAACUUUUGGACUCUCAACAAAAAUGUCAGAUGACUUUAAGACAGAUGAAUCUGAUGGAAUUCUCGGAAUGGGACUUGAUAAAUUGAGCUCACAAAACGCAAAAACACCUUUCACUCAGCUUGUUGAACAAAAAGCCGUUAAAGAUCCAGUUUUUGGUUUCUUCCUUGGACGUAAAAAAGAUGGCAGCGACAGUCAAUUAACACUUGGUGGUGUUGAUUCCUCAAAAUUUACUGGCCAACUCAAAUAUAAUAAACUCGUGGGUAAAGAUGGUUUCUGGGAAAUCGCUUUAGAUGAUGCUAGCGUUGACGACAAGCCUCUUAGAUUCAGCAAAAAGACUGCCGUCAUUGACACUGGCACGACUCUUCUCAUCGCCCCUCCCGAUGACGCUGCUGCUAUCCACAAAGCAAUUAAAGGUGCCGUUUAUAAACAAGGUGAAUACUAUGUCCCAUGCAACACUAAGGCUGUCGUUUCUCUCACUUUCGGUGGAGUUGCCUAUAAAAUCUCACUAAAAGAUCUUGUUCGUGAACGAACAAACCAAAAUGAUAUGUGUGUUUCUGGUAUUACUGGCGGUAAUAUUGGUGGAGCUAACCAAUGGUUAGUCGGUGAUACUUUCCUUAAAAACGUGUAUAGUGUCUAUGAUACUGAAAAGCUUGCCGUUGGAUUUGCACCAGUUAAAUAA